AUGACUGCUCUCAGCGUGCGAGAUGCUGCCAAGCGGAAGCCUGGUUGCAGAAGAUCGGUGCGAGUGCCAAGUUCUUAUACUCCACUACCUAAUUCACCUUCUCCCAUCCAUCUUCCGCGUUUGCCACCCCCACUUCCGCGUCCUCCUUCACCAGCUCAAAUUCUGCCAAACCCUGCCAAGUGCUUUAAUUAUGCACCGCCAAGGCCAACACAACGAGACUUCCCCUUGGAGAGCGCAGCAAAAGGCUCGAAUGGAAAUGUUUAA